AUGGGUCUCUCCGUGUUACAGGAGCAGCACGAUAUCAUUCUUCAAGAGAUACGGAAUAUAACCCAAGGUGACUGGAAGUGUCUUGUCGUCGACGAGGCAUCAAGGAAGAUUAUCGACAAUGUCGUCAAGGAUGAUGAAAUCCUCAACACAAACAUCGCUACCAUCGAACGCAUCGAGGAGCGACGUGAGCCCAAUCCGGAUAUGGACGCCAUAUAUCUCCUUUCUGCCGAGCCACAUAUCGUCGACUGUCUGCUAGCCGACUUUGAAAGACGGAGAUAUCGGAGAGGAUACUUGGUGUGGACGAGCCUGCUGGAGCCUGGUCUCCGUCGCAAGAUGGACGAAUUUCCAGGCAUAAGGCAGCUGAGGGCGAGUUCCAAGACUCUCUUUGUCAAUUUCUACCCGAAAGAGUCGCACCUCAUCACGUUUAGGGAUCCGUGGAGCUUCCCCAUACUGUACCAUCCCGCGUGCAACAACCUGAUUCCCAAGCACAUGCAGGCGCUUGCGCAAAAGAUUGCCGGCGUUUGCAUCACCCUCGGCGAGUACCCCAAGGUCCGGUACUAUCGGCCGGACAAGGCGUUUCACGAAGCUUCGGUCCUCUGCUCCCACUUGGCCAGAUUUGUCCAGGAAGAGCUGGACGGCUACGCGCACUGGAACCCCGACUUCCCACCCCCGUCGAACCGGCCACAAUCGACGCUUAUAGUGACGGACCGCUCCAUGGAUCUCAUGGCCCCCUUGCUGCACGAGUUCACCUAUCAGGCCAUGGCGCACGAUCUCUUGUCCAUCAAGGACGGCGACAGGGUGACGUUUCGCACAAAGAUCAACGCAGGCACUGCUGAGGAGCAGGAGAAGGACAUGGAGCUCAGUGACAAGGACAAGAUUUGGGUCGAGAACAGACAUCGACACAUGAAGGACACGAUUGACAAGCUCAUGGGCGAUUUUCAGAAGUUUCUGGACCAGAAUCCGCAUUUCACCAACGACAGCCGAGACGCCACCAGUCUCAACGCGAUCCGGGACAUGCUCGCCGGCCUUCCGCAGUUCCAGGAGAUGAAGGAAGCCUAUUCGCUGCAUCUCACCAUGGCGCAGGAGUGCAUGAACAUUUUCCAACGCAACAAGCUGCCGGAUCUGGCAUCCAUCGAGCAAACAAUGUCGACCGGCUCGGACGAGGAUUUCAGAAAGCCCAAAAACGUGCUCGAGACGAUUGUGCGCUUGCUGGACGACGGAGCCAUUACGCCUCCGGACCGCCUGCGCCUCAUCGUCAUGUACGUUCUGUACCGCGGUGGGGUCAUUGCGGAAGACGUGCAGAAGCUGCUGAUCCACGCGUCUCUGCCGCCGCAAGACGGAGAGGUCGUCGCGAACCUGGAGCUCCUGGGCGGCAAGACGUCGCACGUGCUCAAGGAGCCGCGGCAGCCACCUCCGCCCUUGUUUCCCCGGGACCGGGACCCGAGAAGCGCGCAGGCAACCGAGGAGUAUGCGCUCUCCCGCUACGAGCCGACGCUCAAGUCCAUGCUCGACGCGCUCACCAGGGGGGCGCUGGACCAGGCCGUCUUCCCGCACGUCAAGCCUCCCAUGGACCCCAACGAAGACCUCCUCGUAGCCCAGGGGGGCUCCCUCCGUGCCGGGCGACCCAACUGGAACUGGGCCGCCGCGGGCCGACGGCCGCCGGAAAACCGGCAGAGGAUCAUCGUCUUCAUGGCCGGCGGCGCCACGUACAGCGAGAGCCGGGCAUGCUACGAAGUCAGCCGCGACAAAGGGCGCGAUGUCAUCCUCGCCACCUCCCACAUGCUCACUCCGCAGCUCUUCGUCCGCCAGGUCACCGACCUGAGCCGCGACAAGCGCCAGCUCGACAUUCCCAUGGAACGCCCCAAGCCUCGCGCCCCAGCACAUCUGCUUGAACGACCGGCACCGCCGCCACAACCAGCAGCAGCAGCUCAGCCAUAUCCCCCCGGAGGAGACACAUCAGACACAUCCCUGGGCGGCCGCGGCCCCAGAAUGCCGCCCAGCAACGCCGGCCCAGGGGCAAGACUACCCCGGCAAGGCGGCCUCGCCGUCCAGCCCAUCUCGGGUCCCCAUCCCGUCCGGGGCCCGUCGUCCGCGCCGGCCGCACCGCCCAGCGAGCUCCUGUCCAAGCUGCACCUCAACCCCAGCCCAGCCAGCCAAGCUGCCAGCAGCGGCGGCGCGCCCUCCCAGGACGGCGGCAAAGCGCACAAGGACAAGAAGAGGAGGAACUUUUUGGGCAUGAAGAAAUAG